AUGCAGAACGGAACUUUCAAAAUUAUUCACGUAUUUGAUAUUUCAGAACAUGAAAAAAUCUUCGGAACUUUCGAAGAAACUCUUAAUAAUAUAAGCAACUCACACCAGAUGUACCCACAGCUAAAUUAUGAACUAAAUAGCGUCAGAAAUGACUUGCGUAGACUCAAACACUCCAUAAGAGUGGCAAGAGCAAUUAAUGCAUUGGGAACAGCAUGGAAAUGGCUGGCCGGUACACCGGACCACAGUGACCAUGAGGUUUUAAUUACAAAAAUUAAUGAGCAAUUAGAAAAUAAUAAUAAACAAGUAGUUAUCAAUAGAGUAUUGCAAGAUAGAAUCAAUGAAAUAACACAAACCUCAAAUAACAUAAUGAAAAUUGUAAAAGAUCAUUCUAAUAUUCAAGAGGAAAAAAUCACGUUUUUUAAAUACAAACUCCAAAUCUUUAAAGACGAUUUAACUAAUUUAAUUCAUGCCAUAGACUGGGCAAAAACAAAUACAAUAAACUCAAUAAUAUUGUCAGAAUCCGAAGUCAAAAUAAUAGAGCAGAUACUAGAAAGAGAAAAAAUCAUGUUCUUAAAUGCAGAAGAAUUGUUAGAAGUUAGCCAAAUAAAAAUCGCAAGUAAUGGAAAAAAUAUACUCUAUAUAAUCAACAUACCUUUAAUCUCAAAUGAAGUUUGUACAACCAUGUUAAUUAAGCCAAUUAAAAGAAAAAAUUAUAUCAAUGAAAUAAAAUUCGAAAAUAUUGUAAAAUGCGAAAAUUCAAUCUAUGCUAUAAGAGACUCAUGUGAGUCGCAUAAUGAAAAAACAAUUUGUAAUAAAAAUAAGUUAGUCGACUUAAGAAGUGAUACUUGUACUUUGCCACUAUUAAAAAGCCAACCUCCAAACUGCCGUGCUAUCAACAAUCAACACGUACCCAAUCACGAACAGCUGUUUGUCGGAACAAUAUUGCUCAACGAUGCUCAAGUUUUCUAUAUUGCGACCGAGGACGUCCGCAUCUAAGGGGGGAAGAGUUAGCGACAGACCCUACAAAAGGGCAUUGCACCGGCCCAAUUAUAUCACGGCUCCAGUGCAUGCACUUUUGACACGUGCGCUUUGUCAGCAGAAUACAACAGCAACGCAACCGCAACCGUGGGAGCCUAUCGUCAGCAAUAUUAAUAAGAUCAAUGCACUUGGCCAAAACACAUUCUGGUCAACGUGCGCAUUUCCGCCACGAGCGCCGAGUCAGCGCACCGAUUAGCAACCACCGUGAGAGCCAUCGUGUCACAAGACACCUAUCAGCAGCAACAGCAGUGACCACGGCGGCAGCAACGCCAAUAGCAGCAGCG